AUGAAGACAACAAACGAGGAAAAAAGAGGAGAACUCUUGUUCUCAAACGUGCCCGAUUUCCCGAUUGUAUUCUUCCGAGACGUCGUCGUAAUGCCGGGAAGUUUCGUCAGUCGAAUGCCAGUCACAUUACCGUUUUUAGAGGCGUGCGAAAAGUUUCGCGAAGGACGCCGAGACAUCGAGCGGAGCGUAGAACGAAACAGUUCGACGUCGUCGUUUUUCGAAAAAGGGAUCAUGAAAAAGACAUCAAAGAAUGAUGAGCAAAAGCAGCGUCGUCGUCGAGUGUUCGUUGGCGUGAUUCAGUGCGAAACGAUUCCAAUCGAUGGCGAAGAAAACGACGACGCGAGCGAGAAGGAAUACGUCGGCACGGUGUGCGAAAUCGUGUUCGUCGACGAGAAGGAGCGGAAAGAGUUGAUUAGCAAAGAGGGCAGCUUUUGGUUCGUGAAUGAAGGACGUUACGGAACUCACGAAAAUCAAUUCAGCUUGGAUGCGUCGAGGUGCACGUACGCGUGUUUAAUCGGGACCGGCAUAAAAUGUGCGCUGAAAAAGAUCUCUCGACUGCCUCCGAAACCUCUUUACGAUGAGCUUUACGGCCAGUUUUACGUUCCAAACGACGAUAUGACCGACGAGGAAGCCAGAACAGUCAGAUUAAAUCUUCAUCGCAUUUUCGAAGUUCAAAGACAAAAGAUUCGCGCUGCUCGGGAAGGAACGGUGGUGGAUUUGUUUCAAGAUGGAAACGCGGAAACGAAACAGAGCGCUCGAUACCUGAAGAAAUUGGAUCCGUCGAGAGCGAUUUUGAAAACAGCGAAAGUCAGUUGUGAAUCCUUGCUGAAAGAGGCAACGAAGUGUGCCGCGAUGGUGAACAGAUGCGGAGGGGAUAGGUUGGCGAAGUCGAUGAACGACGGAACGUUUCCUUACAUUUGUGUCGCCAACAGUCCAGCGCCGGUGCCGUUUUGUCGUUUCGAUUUGCUAAACGGGCUAUUCGAAAUCACAGAAGACGUGCGCGACAUCAUCGGCUCUAAAUACGAACAACGCAUCAGCAAAUCUCUUUUAGAGAGUACAUCUGCCGUGGAAGCGUGUUUUGCUGCCGGUAAAAAUUUGUUUCGUGAUGGUGAAACGGCAGAAGCGGAAGAAGGUAUCGCGGAGCCGAUUGGCACGACUGGUCGAGUGUUGAAACACGCAAAGGAAGAAGUUUCUUAUUUACAAUGCAGAGAGUGUCACUCGCCUUUCGGCAAUGCGAGUAAAGCGAUUAAGGCGAUCAACCCGCCUGUUCAUGAAGAAACCAUCGACCCAAUCCUAGUUUACGGUCCAGGAGCGUCGAAAAUAUUCUUCAAUCCACAUUUGCACGAGUGCGAAAUUCUCACCGCGAGCGCCAGCCAUUUAUACAGCUUCACCCGUCCUAAUAUUUCUCCGGCAUUUUAUGACGUCGGCUGGACCGGAAGUGCAGAGGAAGUGAACCCGUUCCGAUGCUUCUUUGAUCGUUACGGUUGGUCAAGCGAGUCCUGUUAUUGCUGCAGAAAUUUUAUAGGUUGGAAGUUUGAACGUUUAUCCGAACGCGAAGAAGACGAGGAGGAAAACGAACUCCCGCGAAUCUUUUUCGGGUUUCUUAAAAAUCAAGUUCAAACGUCCAAAAUUCAAUCGAGAGAGGAAGAGGAAAAGUGUAAAUCGACCGAGUCGGAAACGGAUCGGGAUUGGAACUAUUGGAGAAUGCACGAGACGUUCCGCGAGGAGCACCCGAUGCGACUCGUGCCUCGCCAAGAGGCGGUGUCUUCAGACGACGACGACGACGGAAACGACGACGUCGACUAUGCUGCCCUCGCUGAAGAAAGAGCUAGAAUGGAAGAACUCGGCAUGAGGAUGGGCAUGGAAGAUGAGGAAGGAGAAGAAGAAGAAACCAUGUAA